AUGCCGCGCGCGCCCCGUUGCCGGGCGGUGCGCGCCUUGUUGCGCGGUCGCUACCGCGAGGUGCUGCCGCUGGCGACGUUCGCGCAGCGCCUGGGGGCCGAGGGCCGGCGACUGGUGCGGCGCGGGGACCCUGCGGCCUUCCGCUCGCUGGUGGCCCAGUGCCUGGUGUGCGUGCCUUGGGGUGCGCCGCCGCCCCCUACGGCCCCUUCCUUUCGCCAGGUGUCUUGCCUGAAGGAGCUGGUGGCCAGGGUCGUGCAGCGGCUCUGCGAGCGCGGCGCGAAGAAUGUGCUGGCCUUCGGCUUCGCGCUGCUGGACGAGGCCCGCGGCGGCCCGCCCAUGGCCUUCACGACUAGCGUGCGCAGCUACCUGCCCAACACGGUCACUGACACGCUGCGUGGCAGCGGCGCCUGGGGGCUGCUGCUGCAGCGCGUGGGCGAUGACGUGCUGGCCCACCUCCUGGCGCGCUGCUCGCUCUACCUUCUGGUGGCCCCGAGCUGCGCUUACCAGGUGUGCGGGCUGCCGCUCUACGAGCUCUGCGCGCGAGACACCAGGGGGCCGGAGCCGGGCUGCGGGGCCCAGCGAAGAACCGUGGGGGGCACGAGGCGGCGUUGGGACAGCGCGGGUGAGCGGCACCCAUUGGCUAAGAGAUCCAGGCACAGCCUAGCCCUGGAGCCAGGGCAGGUACCACAGUCCUGGGCCCACCUGGAUAGGGCAUGUGGGCAGAGUGACAGCGAUCCCCACGCGGUGACACCUGGCAGGAGAGCCGCCGCGAAAGCCGUGUCUUGGGAGGGUGAAAUUGCUGGAAGGCGUCGUUCUUCCACGCUGGGGGUCAAGGAGCGUGGGGCAGGCCCCUCGUCCGCGCAGCCGCCACUGUCACUGCUUCCCCAGGCAUACGUGGAGACCAAGCGCUUUCUCUACUGCCUGGGGGCCAAGGAGAGGCUGCCAAGCACCUUUCUCCUCAGUUCCCUGCAGGGCAAUCUGACUGGGGCCCGAAGGCUAGUGGAGACUAUCUUUCUGCGCACGAAGCCGGCGUGGAGAAAGACGCAGCUGCGGCGCCUGACCCCGCGCUAUUGGCGAAUGCGGCCCCUGUUCCAGGAGCUGCUUGGGAACCACGCGCGGUGUCCCUACAGCGUGCUUCUCAGGACGCACUGCCCGAGGCUGGGCUCGGCCAUGGCCACCCCUGCGGGUACUGGCGGGGCGGGUACUGGGACCCCGGAGCAGCCCCCGGGGCCUGCAGUGAAGCCUGCCCCUGAGGAGGAUGCUGGCCUGCAGUGCGUGGUCCAGCUGCUCCGCCAGCACAGCAGCCCCUGGCAGGUGUACACGUUCGUACGGGCGUGUCUUCACCGGCUGGUGCCCCCUGGUCUCUGGGGCUCCAGUCACAAUAAGUGCCGCUUCCUCAGGAACGUGAAGACGUUCAUCUCUUUGGGGAAGCACGCCAAGCUCUCCCUGCAGGAGCUGAUGUGGAAGAUGAAAGUGCAGGACUGUGAGUGGCUGCGGCGGAGCCCAGGGGAUUAUGCUGUCCCGGCCUCGGAGCACCGUCUGAGAGAAGAGAUCUUGGCCAAGUUCCUCUUCUGGCUGAUGGACACGUUCGUGGUUGGGCUGCUCAGGGCCUUCUUCUACGUCACCGAGACCAUGUUUCAGAAGAACAGGCUUUUCUUUUUCCGGAAAAGCGUCUGGAACAAGCUGCAGAGCAUUGGAAUCAGACAACACUUCAACAAAGUGCGGCUGCGAGAGUUAUCUGAAGCGGAGGUCCAGCGACGCCAGCAGACCAAGCCCUCUCUUCUGACCUCCAAGCUCCGCUUUGUCCCCAAAGCACAUGGCCUUCGGCCGAUUGUGAACAUGGACUAUGUCGUAGGAGCCAGAACUUUCCGCAGAGAAAAGAAGCGGCUCCAGCAUUUCAACUCGCAGAUGAAAAACCUGUUCAGUGUGCUCAACUAUGAGCGGGCCGUGCGGCCUGGCCUGCUGGGGGCCUCUGUGCUGGGCAUUGAUGACGUGUACAAGGCCUGGCGGGCAUUCGUGCAGCAGGUGCGGGCCGGAGACCCUAGGCCGCAGCUGUACUUUGUCAAGGUGGAUGUGACAGGGGCUUACGACGCCAUUCCUCACAACAAGCUGGUGGAAGUGAUUGCCAACGUGAUUAAGCCCAAAGAGAACAUAUACUGCAUCAGACGUUAUGCUGUGGUCCAGAAAACUGCCCAGGGAUACAUUCGGAAAUCCUUCAAAAGACACGUCUCCACCUUAGCAGACCUCCUGCCUUACAUGAAACAGUUCGUGGAGCAUUUGCAGGAGACAAGUUCCCUGAAGAAUGCCGUUGUCAUCGAGCAGAGCUCCUCCUUAAAUGAGCCCGCCAGCAGCCUUUUCGAUUUCUUCCUGCACUUGGUGCACAACAAUGUCAUAAAGAUCCGGGGCAAGUACUACGUCCAGUGCCAGGGGAUCCCGCAGGGCUCCAUCCUGUCCACCCUGCUUUGUAGCUUCUGCUAUGGAGACAUGGAGAACAAGCUGUUUUCUGGAAUCCAGGAGGAUGGGUUGCUCUUGCGUUUGGUUGAUGACUUUUUGUUGGUGACACCUCACCUAACACAAGCUAAAGCCUUUCUCAGCACCCUGGUGAGAGGCGUCCCUGAGUACGGCUGCAUGAUCAACUUGCGGAAGACGGUGGUGAAUUUCCCCGUGGACGAUGGCCCAGGGCAGGCCACCAUCCUCCAGCUGCCAGCCCACUGCUUGUUCCCCUGGUGCGGCCUGCUGCUCGACACCCGGACCCUGGAGGUGUUCUGUGACUACUCCAGUUAUGCACGGACCUCAAUCAAAGCGAGUCUUGUCUUCAAUCACGGCUUCAAGGCUGGAAGAAACAUGCGUCGCAAGCUCUUUGCAGUCUUGCGUCUGAAGUGUCAUGGUCUGUUUUUGGAUUUGCAGGUAAACAGUCUUCAGACAGUUUACAUCAACGUUUACAAGAUCUUUCUCCUGCAGGCCUACAGGUUCCAUGCGUGCGUGCUCCAGCUUCCAUUCAAUCAGCAAGUUGGAAAGAAUCCCUCGUUUUUCCUCAGAGUCAUCUCCGACACAGCCUUACGCUGCUACUCCAUUCUAAAAGCCAAGAAUGCAGGGAUGUCGCUAGGUGCUCCUGGUGCCGUGGGCCCGUUCCCUUCCGAGGCAGCACGCUGGCUCUGCCACCAUGCCUUCCUGCUCAAACUGUCCCGCCACCGAGUCACCUACAAGUGUCUGCUGGGGACACUCAAGACAACCAAGAUGCAGCUAGGCCGCAAGAUCCCGAAGGCAACAAUGGCCCUGCUGGAGGCUGCUGCCGCCCCCUCCCUGUGUGGGGAAUUCAAGACCAUCCUGGACUGAGGGCAGGAGGCCCCUCCAGCAGCCUGGGACGAGCUCAAGGGCAGGUUUGGGCUGGGCGGCCAGCAGCCACCAUGGCAUCUGCUUCUUCUUAGACCUCAAGAAGGGACUGUUGGGCUGGCUGGUGGGGGAGGCUCUUUGUGGCUGCUGUCCAGGCCCACUCCCUGUGCCACCUCGGGGUGUACUGGUGGCUGAACUGUCUCAGGAGCAGGGCUUGUCCUGAUGUGGAGCCAGUGGUAAGGGGUCUGUCCCUGCUUCUUAGGAGCAGAGUCCACCCAGCGUGACCUUCUAGUGGCCCAGGGUGUCCAUCCUGCAUCAACUAGUGACAGUUACAUUUAGACAUUACUGUUAGUGAUGCCCCGGGGCAGUAGGGGAACCGACCUUUUAGCUGGAGACUGAAAUCUGCUCUGGUCCUCAGUGGUGGGGCCUCUCACCCACCCCCUUCACCACGGGGCUGUCAUGGAGGACCUUGACUUUCAGACUCAGGGAUGAUACCUCGGCUGGAGCUGCAGCAGGCACGUCCUGCUUGGUGCAGGGACGCACUGGGGGUGCCUCUGGCACGGGCUGGGCUGUGCCCUGCUGCCCACACUUGCCCUGGGAGCACCCCCAGCCAUCAUCCGAACUCACCAGUUUAUGGGGCCCAGAGCUGCAUCCAGAGCCCACCCACCCCAAAUUACGCUUUCCAGCAAGCAGAGGGACGAGUCAUCAGUUUAAGUCCUGUCCACCUGGCCUCACCCAUACCUGUGACCUUGCUCCACGCCACCCACUGGCCUCCUAAGUGUCCACACCCCGCCUGCCCACUUGCCCACCUGGGACACUGCACCAGCCUCUUCUGCUCUUGGACUGUUCUCCCUGCGCUCUCCUGUGGGCCUGCUCAGCCCACGGCAGCAAUUGCUCUUCUUGGUCCUCGCUCCCAAAUCGCCUGCAGUUCCCACCCCAAGCUCGGCCCUCUUGACCUCACUCCUCGUGGCGCCUUCAUCCCCUGUAACUCCCUGGCAUCAGCCUUGAUAUGAGUGGCAGAGGGUCCCUGUGCUCUGCGCCUUCCCUGCUGUCACCCCUGAGGACUUGCCACUUAUUGUCCACCAUGGGGGAGGAUGCUCAAAGCCUGCCCCACCUUCCCCUGCCUCCCCCUCCCUCCCCAGAAUCCCACACCCGCACUUGUCCAAUACCACAGAUGUCUGACCCUUUCCCUGAACGCCACCUCUUGUCUAACCGACCAUGUCCUUCCUGGUCCCGAGUUUGGACCCUUCCCUCCAUGUUCCCCCAGCCCACCCAUCAUGAGCCCUGGAUCCCCACCAUCCAUGUGACCUUUGGGGGCUCCGUAUACAGGUGAGCAUAGCCCACUUUCUGCAGCCUGGGUGGGAACUGAAGGGUGUGUCUAAACAGGGUGAGGGCCCUGCAGGAAGAAAAUAACUUUUGGUAAUUUUUCCUUAUCCUCUUAAAAUGUCUCUUCUUGUAUUUGUUUUAUAAUGCAUAUUAAAAAAAAAAAAAAAAGUUGCCCGUGAGCUGCCCCCUGACUCCUGGUGACAGCACGUGUGUCAGAGUAGAACUGUGCUCCACAGGGUUUCCAAUGGCUGAAUUUUUAGAAAUAGAUCCCCAGGCCUUUCUUCUGAGGUGCCUUUGAGUGGACUGGAACCACCAACAUCUUGAUUAGUAGGAUUGUACAAUCAUCACUUGGUAUCCGCAGGGGAUUGGUUCCAGGGCCCCCGGGGAUAGCAGGAUCUUUGAACGCUCAAGUCCCUCAUAUACAAAGAUGUAGUGUUUACAUAGCAUCGGCUCCUGAUCAUAUGCCACCUCUUGAAAUGGUUGAACAUUGACCAAUUCUGUUUGGAAUAAUGGCUCUGUGUAUUCCUUCCAUCUUCUUUUGAUGCUUCCUGCGUUGUUUAAUAUCUUCCCCAUAGAAUCCUUCACUAUUGCAGCUCGAGGUUUGAAUUUUUUUCUUCAGUUCUUAUUCUGCUGCUAUUCGUAAGGUUUUCAGUGGCUAAUGCUUUUCAAAAGUAGACUGCCGGGUCCUUCUUCCUAGUCUGUCUUAGUCUGGAAGCUCAGCUGAAAC